GCCCAGCCCAAUAGCACCGAGAUUAGCAAGGCCAUCGUCAUGGGCAGGUUGAACACGGAAGACACGGAUUGGGUGUCCAAGGAACUCUCUGACUGGCAAAGCGCAAUUUAUGUCGUCAACCUGCCUGAUAACGCAAGCUCGCCGACAGGCCGGAGAACGAAGAUCAACAAGGCAAGAGAAGCCAUGCCCUAUUUGACGUACAUAAUCGACACCUACCCUGACUUUCCGGAUGUCAUGGCCUUCAUCCACGCCCAUCGCAAAGGCUACCCGACGGCGUGGCACACCGAUGCGAACAACCAUGACGCUGUGGACAUGCUUCGGAAACUGCGCCUCGGUGUUGUAAUGGAACGUGGCUAUGUCAAUCUGCGCUGCACCGAGAGCCCAGGGUGUCCGGUCGAGAUCCUACCUUGGCGCUCUCCUGCAGAUCCUGAAAAGCUACCUGAGCACAUCUUUCCGUUCGUUUACGCUGAGUUCUUCAACCGCACCUUUGCUCAGGCGAAGGACGAAGUUUCCGUCGUAGCGACGCCUUGCUGCGCACAAUUUGCUGUUAGCAAGGAGCAGAUUUUAAAGCAUACGAAGCACGAAUAUGAACGCUGGAGACGAUAUCUGGAAUUUACAUCGUACAGUGACGCCCACAUUGGCCGUGUAUUGGAGUAUAUGUGGCACAUAAUGUUUGGGCAAGAAGCUGUACAUUGUCCGAACGCCUGGCAAUGCUUCUGCGACGUAUAUGGGCAGUGU